AUGAAACAGAUAGGACAGAUUCGUUAUGUCAUCGUACUACAGCUUUUUUCAGAAUCGUACCCUGGCGGUAUUCCCAUACCUGGUAGAACUGUGCCAGUGCUGAGACUAUUCGAAAAUUACGCUGCCUCAUGUCGCCCGAAAACACGACGAGAAUUCGGGGUCGAUCAACUAGCACAGAUAUUAAGUUCUUUAAAUGCCGAAGAAGUGGCACAAAAAGUAUACAAUCAGCUUUUUCACUCGAUGGGUGACGUUCAGCUUGGGAAGCUAAUGGGCAAAUGGUAUACUGUAAGUGUUUUUUUCUCCUUUUUUCCAGUUUUUUUAAAAUGUAAUUUCAUGGGUAGGAUCCUAGGAUUCGGUCGUAUGGUCGGUCCUGAUCCAGGCGAGGUGUUCUACACAACGGGACAUCCUUCCGACCAUUGCCCAUGUGAGUUCUUGUUCGGAUUUAUAUGA